CGCUCCUGCAGCCGCCUCCCUCCCUCCCUCCCACGCAGCUUCCUCCCUCACUCGCUCGCUCCUCAUCCGGCGACGGCGGCGGCGGCUCCCGUGCCCGCAUUCUUCCUUCCCCAACACGCCACCGCGUGGCCCCGCACGCCUAGGCGGCUCCCACCAACCACGGCGACGGCGGCAGCGGCCACGGAGGAGGGCGGCGGAUCAGCAGCGCCGGCGAUGGCGUCCGUGGCGGCGGUGGAUUCCUGCCGUCCACUCAAUCCCGCGCUCGAUCUCCUAGCCCCUCCUCUCCUGCGCUCGUUUCCCUGCUGCCUCUCUCAUGAAGAAGAAGGGGUGGUUCUCGGCACAGGCUGGGCUGGCACCUCCUUCCUCAAGAACCUCGACUCCUCCCGCUACGAGGUGAAGGUCAUCUCGCCCCGCAACUGCUUCGCGUUCACGCCGCUGCUCCCCAGCGUCACCUGCGGCACCGUGGAGGCGCGCAGCGCCGUCGAGCCGAUACAGAGGAUGUUCGAGAAGAAUGGGAAGGAUGUCGCGUAUUAUGAAGCAGAGUGCUUGAAGAUCAAUCUGACGAAGAAAGCCGUCCACUGCCGCUCUGCCGUCGGCACUAAUUUGGAUGGGAAUGGCGAUUUCAUGCUUGAUUAUGAUUACUUGGUUGUCGCUCUUGGAGCUGCUGUCAAUACAUUUAACACUCCUGGCGUGAUGGAGCAUUGCCACUUUCUGAAGGAAGUGGAGGAUGCCCAAAAGAUUCGGAAGAGCGUGAUAGACUGCUUUGAAAGGGCGUCAAUUCCUAACAUCAGUGAAGAGGAGCAUGGGAAAUUUUCCUGAACAUGGGAAAUAGCCAGGUUUGACCAAAGGAUAGCUGUGUUUGCUGAAUCAAAGUUCCAAAGAGAUGGCAUCAAGUUGAGUACAGGAUUCAGAGUGAUAAAGGUCUCCGAUGAUUCAAUUACAGUGAAGUGCAAAUCAUAUGGUGUAGAAACAUUGGUGCCGUAUGGAAUGGCUAUUUGAUCUGCGGGUAUUGGUACUCGCCCCGUCAUUACAGACUUCAUGAAUCAAGUUGGUCAGGGCAAACGACGUGCCUCUGCUGCACUCGUCGAUCCGUAGAUUGGUCCACGAUUCAUGACCUUCGGGUCAAUCCCCUGGUCGGUGACUCCUUCGAUAUGUGCGUGCACAUCAUCUAUUAGCAGCCUCGUCCAUCUUCGUUCACGGAUCUGCAG